AUCAAUGAUUAAUUGCAGACUUGGUGAUGUCAGAUUUUGCAUUGCUAGCGAACCAGCCUGUGGUCAUAGACAAUGGCUCUGGUGUGAUAAAGGCGGGUUUUGCCGGCGAUCAGACACCGAAAUGUCGCUUCCCCAACUUUUUGGGAAGACCAAAGCAUUUGAGAUUGAUGGCAGGAGCAUUGGAAGGGUCGACUUUUAUUGGACCAAAGGCAGAGGAACAUCGAGGCUUGUUACGUCUCAACUAUCCAAUGGAGCAUGGUAUUGUGAAUGACUGGAGCGAUAUGGAACAGAUUUGGCAAUAUGUCUUUUCUAAAGACCAACUGCAUACGUUUGCAGAAGAGCAUCCUGUUCUACUGACAGAGGCACCACUCAACCCACGGCAAAACAGAGAGAAAGCGGCAGAGAUUUUCUUUGAAUCAUUCAAUGUACCUGCGCUGUAUUUUUCUAUCCAGGCCGUUUUAAGCUUAUAUGCAGCUGGAAAGACGACAGGAGUUGUUCUAGACUCAGGUGAUGGUGUCACUCAUUCUGUUCCAAUUUACGAGGGCUUUGCUCUGCCACACUCAAUUAUGAGAAUUGAUGUAGCUGGCCGAGAUGUAACUCGCCACUUGCAGCUAUUAUUGAAAAAGGAAGGUUACAAUUUCCGAACGUCAUCAGAGUUUGAAAUUGUCAGGACAGUAAAAGAAAAAGCUUGCUAUCUGUCAAUUAACCCUGUAAAAGAGGAGUCACAGCAGACAGAGCAAGACCAGGAAAAGUUUCAUCUACCUGAUGGUUCAGAAAUACAGGUUGGACCAGCAAGAUUUCGAGCUCCAGAAGUGUUGUUCAAUCCAGAUAUGAUUGGUGAAGAAGCACAGGGUGUGCAUAAGAUUCUAGCAUUUUCAAUACAGAAAUCCGAUCUGGAUCUGCGGAAGUUGUUAUAUUCUAAUAUAGUUCUUUCUGGGGGUUCAACGUUAUUUAGAGGAUUUGGUGAUAGACUGCUAAGCGAAAUGAAGAAAGAAGCACCAAAGGACAUUAAGAUCAGAAUUUCAGCUCCUCAUGAUCGUAUAAGUUCAGCAUGGAUUGGGGGAUCAAUUUUGGCCUCACUCGACACGUUCAAGAAGAUGUGGGUAUCAAAGAAAGAGUUUGAUGAGGAUGGUGUAAAGGUUAUUCAUCGUAAAACAUUUAACUGAUUAGCAAGCAGAGCAAAUAGAUGGUGUCUUGAAGUUUGACUAAUAAGUUACCACUUUAAUGGGUGAGUUGAAAUGAGGGAUUUCGCUAAUGUGUUGGAUUUGCAACUGAUUUCGAAGUGAACUCCAGCUAACUUGCAAAUACUCGGUGAAUCCUUGUUAUUGGUGUUAGCAUGAGACGAUAUGUAAUAUGUAUAUCAUGAUGGCAGUGAUUGCAGUGUAGAAUUGAUGCGAUUAUAGGUAGCAUGAAACCUUUGAAUGUAUCUGUCAGUGUUU